AUGUCUGAAUCGGUUGAAUUCACUCCUAUCGUGUUUCCGCCUCGAGUUUUAGCCCGUAUAUCUCCGGAAUUAUCCCUACAAAGGCAUCUUUCUCUGGGUGUGAGACCAUGUCUCCGCGCGUUUGAAGAGUUUAGAGAAGUUGAAACUAGUGAUGGGAACCUAUCAAGAUACAGUCCUAAAUGUAAUAAUACCAAUUCAAACAAUAUUCUUGGUUCCAAUGUGUUGAAGUCGGGUAGUACGAUUGUAAUAACUUCGAUCACGGGUGGUAUUGUCGAAGAUACGCUUUCGAGUAAUGAAUUGCAAGAGGACGACGGUUUUGAACCUAAAGAAUCUUCAAUGGGCACUUACGAUAAAAGUGACUUUGCGACAGUUUAUCCUGUUGUGGAUAUAGAGCGCGGAAGAGUUGGUUUACCAACUGAUGAGGAAAUGAUUAUAUCACAAAUGUUACACGAUGAUAUCCGAAGUUCUGGAAUAAUCCCCAAAAAAGCAUUAGAAGUCAUAUGCGGAAUAAGAACCACAGAUAGGGACGGUAAGCCUGCUAUUCUUUACCCUGAUUCUGAUGAUAUGGAAAGCGCGGAUUUGAUUAAAAUUUUGAGCUAUAAGCAAACAAGAAAGUGGAACUAUUGCUUAUACGCAAAAAUCAAAGUUUUCAGUCGUGAUGGACCGUUGUAUGAACUUUGCUGGAACUCGUUAAUGUAUGCUUUGCAGACCGUUCAAUUGCCUAGAGCUUUUGUUGAUGAGCGUGCUACGGAUUUAAAAAUUCCCGUGAGAACCCGUGGCCGUACGGCGACAAUCAGAGAAACAUACGAUCUUCUGUGUGACCCAGAUCAAAGUGUACAACUAUCAUUAAAUAAAUCUAACAUUGCAUACGCUUCUCGUUGUGGAGUUAUCGAUGUUGAUCCCGACGUGCAGUUGCCUGAAGAUGAUGACCAAAUGGAACUAGAUAGACAAAAUACUAUCUUGGUUGCAGAUUUGCAAGGUGAGGCUGAGGAAACCUCUAUUACAUCGACAAUAUCCGUGAUCACAGAUGCUGAUGGAAGCUUUAAAAGUGUGACGCUUAUUGGAGGCACAUCAAAUGUCAGCCCCGAGAUCAUCAAAAGUGCAUUCAGGCUAGCUAAAAAAAGGUCUCAAGAUCUAGCAUCCAAGAUACUUUGA